UAACCAUCAAUGCCGACUGCCCAAAGCGACCUAUUUUUUUUAAUAUCGUAAAAGUCACAAGUUUUUGCUAAUCUAUGUAAUUUUCUAGUCGUUAGAAUUUAUUUUGUGUAAAAACAGUAGCGUUGUUAAAUUUUGUUCGUCUAAAUUACGCCAAGAUCGCCACCUAACCAAUCAAAGGGCUUCUCGGUUAUGUUGUGUUGACGUGUUCCUGUCACCUGGUUGUCAAACUAUAAAAUUCUUCAAGCCACGUUGGAAGUGUUUCGUCGAUUACAUGUUAGUGCAAAUAAAACAUUUUUUGUGAAAUAAAAGUUUCGUGUGAGAACCAUGAAAGUCAAAGAUUUGGAGCGUACGGCCAAUGUGGCUUGGUCACCCAAAGCCCAUACUCCAAUUCUCUUAGCGGCCGGCACAGCUGGUCAACUACUCGAUGCCUCCUUUAAUACCAAUGCCGCUUUGGAAAUAUAUUCACUCAACUUGGCGGAGCCCGGACCCGAUAUGGUGCUCAAAGCAACAACUCCGAGUGAGCAUAGAUUUCAUAAAAUUAUUUGGGGGGCGCAUGGUGGUGAUCAGACCAGCGGAACGAUAGUGGGUGGGUGCGAUGGGGGCUUGAUCCAGAUUUACAGUGCUUCCAAGUUACUAAAUGGUGAUAGCGGGUUAAUUUGUCGCCAAGAUAAGCACUCAGGACCUGUGCAUGCGUUGGACUUUAAUCCAUUUCAACAGAAUUUGUUUGCCACGGGAGCCGCCGAAUCAGAAAUUUUUAUUUGGGAUUUGAAUAACACAAAUACACCUAUGAGCCCUGGAUCAAAAUCACAACCUCUCGAGGACGUACUGUCUAUUGCGUGGAAUCGGCAAGUGCAGCAUAUUUUAGCUUCCACUUUUGCGACAAAAUGUGUUAUUUGGGAUUUACGAAAAAACGAACCCAUUAUUAAACUGACUGAUACAGUUUCUAGAGUACGGUGGAAAGUGAUCGCGUGGCACCCUGAAGUUGCUACACAACUUUGUUUGGCUUCAGAGGAGGACCACUCGCCCAUUAUCCAGUUGUGGGAUCUACGUUUUGCAACUUCGCCGUUAAAAACGUUAGAGAAUCAUCAGCGAGGUGUUUUAUCACUGGCUUGGUGUUCUCAAGACUCAGAUUUACUGGUUAGUUGUGGCAAAGAUAACCGGAUUAUUGCCUGGAAUCCAAAUUCUAAUGAAACCAAUGGAGAAGUGCUUUCAGAAAUUGCUAAAACCAAUCAGUGGAAUUUUGAUAUACAAUGGUGCCCGAGAAACCCAGCAAUAAUUGCGUGUCCUAGUUUUGAUGGUCAUGUGUCUAUUUACUCUUUGAUGGGUGGUAAAACUCAACAAAUUCAAACCACAAAUAAAAUUGCUGACAGUUUUCCUGGCAUGGAGGGAUAUGUGCAAGCGCCUGUCCCUCAACAGAAUCUAGCACCUGUUAGCGUGGAUCUUAGUAAACCACCAAAGUGGCUCAAAAGACCUGUUGGAGCGAGAUUUGGGUUUGGUGGUAAAUUGAUAACAUUUGAUAAUAUUAAACCUCAAGUUGAACAAAGUGGUGAUCAUCCACUUCCUGUUAGCCGGACUGUUCAGAUUAGCCAAGUCAUAACUGAUCCAGAACUUGUACAAAAAUCCACAGAACUAGAGCAGGCGUUAGAAUAUGGAAAUUUCACAGAUUAUUGUUCAAGAAAAGCGGACACCACUGAUGAUCAACAUACAAAGUAUAUUUGGCACUUUUUGAGGGCGAACUUUGAAGAAAACCCAAGAGUAGAAUUAUUAAACUUGUUGGGUUAUCGUAUUGAAGAUGUUAAUAACAAGUUGAACGAAUACAUUAAUAAGAAUAGUGUGGAUGGCGUAACAAAUCGUUUGGCAAAUUUAAAUAAGGAUCCAUUUGAUGCCAUUGCUGAUGCAAGACCUACCACACCUUUUAAAAUCAAAACAGGUGACGACACCGAAGGACUGAUCACUCAAGCACUUCUUCUGGGGAAUGUGGAGGCAGCAGUACAAUUGUGCUUAAAUGAUAAGCGAUAUGCUGACGCUAUUAUCAUCGCUAUGACAGGUGGUUCAGAUCUUCUGGCCAGAACUCAACACGCCUACCUAGAUCAAUGCGAAGGCUACGUUUCUUCAUUAAUCUCAGCUUUAGUAUCAGAAGAUUGGGCUUCCGUAAUCAGCAACUGCGACUUAAGCAGCUGGAAAGAAGCCCUCGCCGCCACUUUAACCCACUCCACCGACGAAGCCCUACCUCUCCUCUGCGAACAACUCGGUAACCGCCUAGAAGCUGAAAACCGAGGCGAUCCGAAGCUGCGACAAGAUUCUCAACUUUGUUACAUCUGUUCCGGUAGCUUCGACAGAUUAGUGAACUCCUGGAGCGGAAACGCCAUGAACUCCUCCAAGGAACUCCAAGAUUUGGUAGAAUUGGUGGUAUUUUUGCAAAAAUCGGUCGAAAAGCAGGGGCGGCAAGUGCAAAUUUCCGGCGCUUUAGCGGAUUUGUUGGCGCAUUACGCGUCGAUUUUAGCGGCUCAGGGAAGUUUGUCGACUGCUUUGAGUUACUUGGGGAAUUCUCAGGACGAAAAGGUCGCUUCUCUGAGGGAGAGAUUGUACGUAAGUUUGGGACAGAAGCCGGGUUAUGCGGCGAGGCAGCAGCCUCAAAGCAGGAGGCAGAGUCAUAGGCAGUCGUUCUCGAGUUAUCCUAGUGUUGGAGGGCAGUUCAAUACGGGAUUGCCGAAUGCGCCGGUUUCGGCGGCUCAACCGUGGCAGCCACAGCCCCCGCCAUCCAUAGGGAGCUUCAAUCAGGCUGCAACGAGGACUUUCUCUCCAGUACCGGCAGCGCCGCCGCCGACGCAGCCGCCAAGGCCAACAAGUGUGGGAUCAAAUCACGGUGGAUCUGGUGGUCUACCACCUCGUAAAUAUGUGCUGGAUCCCUCCGUGUCUUCGAGUCCAUAUGGAGCCCCCACAAGAAACAUGUACCACUCCUUACCGCCUCAACCAGUUCCAUCCUUCCAAAACAAUAACUAUGGAAUGUCUGCCCCAGCACCAAUGACUAAUCCCAUGACACCUAUGAUUCCUUCAAACAACAACUACGUACCCAAUCCAGUGUUGAACCCAACACCGUUAGUGCCUUCCCAGUCACUAAAUACACCUCUGGUACCAAAUCCGCCUCUAAACCCCACACCAAUGGUACCCAACAUGCAGCCACCACCACCAAUGGCUAGCGAGAUGGGACAACAAGCAACAGAAAAGUACUUCUAUCAAGGCGCUCCCGGAUGGAACGAUCCCCCUCCACUACACAAGCCCUUAAGGUCACAGUCCAAACCAGAAGCUUCUUUGCCCACACAACCCAUAACGCAUCCGUUGUACGGCGUGGCUCCCACGAAUAACGGGUAUCCUCAAGAAAACCAGCCGCAAAUGUUCCAACCUGCGCCUACCAAUAAUUUCGGCCAAACAAACAAUUACGGCCAACCGCCACCAAACUUUAAUCCUGGCGGGUUCAAGCCAAAUGCUGUUAAUUUUAACCAAGGCGGCAAUCAGGCAAAUGUUGUACCAGAGAAGCCUCAGCCAAUCCAAAAACCACCAAUUCCUGAAGAACACAUCCAUAUGCAGACUGUUUUUGAUGAACUGAAAUAUCAGUGCAGCUGCGCUGCAGUCAAUCCACAAACUAAACGUAAAAUUGAAGAUGUAGGAAGAAAAUUAGAAGCUUUGUAUGAUUUAUUAAGAGAAAAUAAAUUGUCUCCGAACACAUUAGCUUCGCUACAUCAAAUGGUGCAAUUAGUGCAGAAUGGCGACUACACGGGAGGAUUGAAUUUACAUACUCAGUUGGUAUCAGGGCCUGAUUUUGCUCAAAUUGCCAGUUUUAUGCCAGGACUUAAAGUAUUGUUACAAUGUGCUUUACAAUUACAAGUUUAUCUAAGAUAAGGUCUAACUCUGUUAUUAAAAUUGUAUUAUUUUGGCUCUAUUAUUUUAUGCGUUGUGUUUUAGAUGUUUAUUUUCUUUUCUAUCAUAGUUAUUACAAUUUAACCUAAUAAAUUGUAUAGUGUAAGCCAGAUGCUUUUUUAAAUAAAUAACCAGAAAGCCA